AGAGUCAAUACUUGCCUUUGAAUCACCAACAUACGGGGUAUACAAACACGCCCUUCUUCGGUAAUUGAAUGCUGCGGGUUCAAAUUUUUUCAAGAUUAUCAAAAAGUAAUUGAUUUAUUACGAAAAUGUCACUUAAUCUGGAGGCGAAUAAAAAGUACACACAUUUCUCCGUACCAAUAAAUGAAAGUCUUCCACUCAGCAUCAAAGUAAAGGCAGUUGUUGAGAAAAAGGAAGAAGUGGUAGAAAAUGUCGUAUCCAUUGAAAAGUAUGUUCACGAGAAGGAUAUUCUUAUUGGUCAGCUAAAUGUCGAAAAAGAGAGGCAAAGAGAACUUGAAAUUCAAAUAGAGAGGCUAAAAAGUGAACAAGAGUCUCAGAGAUUACAGAUUGAGUUGAAAAGGCAAGAAGCAGAAAAACAUUAUGAAGAACAGGAAUUAAACAUGAGAAACCAAUUGAAAAUGUUGCAAGAACAACAAGAAAUUGAAAGGAAAAGAAUUCUAGAGGAACAACUCAUUCAACAGGAACAUUUAAGACAUCAAUUGGAACGACAAAUUAAAAUACAAGAAGAACUAAAAGUAACCAGCGGCGAGUCUGUUCAAAAAUAUGCUGAAGAGCAGGUUAAAAUUCUCCUUGAACAAAGAGAUGCGGGAAAAAAAAAAGAAAAAGUCACAGUUGAACAUAGCACAAACACUGAUUUUCAAAUUCCAGAGGUGGUUACUAAAGAGACUAUUAUAAUUGAUCACAGCACGCAUGAAAAAGAGGUGGAAAAAAAAAAAGAAACAAUUACAGUUGAACAUAGCACAAACACUGAUUUUCCAGAAAUAGUUACAAAAGAAACUAUUGUAAUUGAUAAUAAUCAACAACUCAGUGAAAUUGAAAAAUUAUGGAAAGAGAAAUUUGACAUGCAAUUAAGACAACAUGAGAGAUUUAUUGAAGAUCAGCAACAAAUACACUUGAAACAGAGAGAAGUACUCGAAAUGCAAUUGUCGGGUGAAAGAGAAAAGCAAUUCAAUCUGGAGAGAGAGCUUGACGAUCUAAAAUUUCAACAGGAGCAACAACGUUCUGCUUUUGAAAGGGAAAGGGAAGAACAGCUAAAAAUGCAAGAAUAUCAAAGUCAACAAAUGCAAGAACAAUUGCUUUUAAUUAAACUUGAACAAGAGCAGAAACAAACUGCUGAAACUCAUAUUAUACACGAAAAAUGGAUAUUAGAACAAAAAGAACAGCUAGAUGAAAUUGAGAAAAUAUGGAAAGAGAAAUUUGAGAUUCAACAACAGCAACAGUUAAAAUAUUCUCAAGAACAACAAGCACUUCAUUUCAAACAACAGCAAUUACUUGCUGAGCAAUUGGAGGAAGAAAGAGAGAAACAGCAUCGCUUAGAAAUAGAAUUAUCCGAAAUGAAAGCUGCGCAAGAUCAACAAUUGCUUAUUUUUGAACAGCAAAGAGAACAACAGAUAAAAAUUCAAGAGAUGCAACAAAUACAAAUGCAAGAACAAAUAAAACUUUUACAGGAACAACAGGAGGCUGAGAGAAUUAGGAUGAUUGAAGAGCAACAAAUACAAAAAACAAUUUUAGAGAGAGAAUUAGAGCAGAAACUUAUGAUGAAAACACAAGAAAAAGAAAUAAUUACUAAGCAGCAAAUAACUCAACAGCAAAUAUUGCAAGAGAGUCUUCUUGAAGAGCAUCGAAGACAAAUGGAAGAGAUGGAAAGACUUUGGAGAGAAAAGUUUGAUCAACAGAGAUUAGAGCAAGAACGUCUAUCGAGAGAUCAGGAGUUAGCUUACGAAAGACAAAAACAACUGCUUGAGCAGCAACUAGAAGAGGAAAGAAGAAAGCAAAUAAGUGUUGAAGAGCAAAUGCUGCAAAUGAAAAAAAUACAGGAGCAGCAACACUAUGAUUUUGAACAACAACGCCUUGAACAGAAUAAAACUAGAGAAUUCCAACAAAAUCAAUGGAAAGAACAAUUAAGAUUAUUACAAGAGCAAAAGGAAACAGAGAGAAUACAAAUUCUAAAGGAUCAACUUCAACAGCAGAACGAUCUUAAGGAUCAAUUGAAAAAAGAACUUAAUCAACAGCAGAUAGAAAAAGAAUUAGUAAUGCAGCAGCAACUUGAACAACAAAGACUUCUUCAGGAACAGUACGACCAACAGAAACUACUUCAAGAACAAAUGAUGGAAGAGCAAAGAAGGAAAGCCGAAGAGGCCGAAAGAGUAUGGAGAGAAAAGAUGGCUCUUCAACAACAGCAACAACAACAACAGCAAAAGCUAAUUGACAUAAAAAAAUCAGAAAUUAAAGAGAUUCGAACUCGGCAAAUGGUACCCUCCAUAAACGGAAAUGCUCCCUACAACUUCGUUACAGAAGAGGAUGCAACAAGAAAAUUAGUUCUGAGCAGUCUUGAGAGAAAAGCUCACGUUCACAGUCAGAUAAACUACGAUUCGGGGAAAAGUGGCACCCCUGAGCCGGUUAGAACUCCAUUUAUUCCCGUUACGACCAGCCCUCCCAAUACACAACCAAGUGGGCAAGCGCUGUCACCAGUUUCGACUGGAUUUUAUACCCCACCACCCCCAGCUACUGAUAUUAUACCCGAAGUAGCUUUCAGACCUCCAAUGUCUUAUAGUAAGCAAGAAGAGGAAGUAGUAAUACGGAACGACGUUAUCAAUGAGUACGAAGGAUCUCGUGGAAGUUCACCAGUAACCGAUAUGGAUUUUGAAACAAAAAACCAGUUUUCUUCGAGUUCUUCUUCAUCUUCGUCAUUUGUGGACUUAAAUUCUACUUCACCUGCCGCCGCACUCCUACAAACUUCAGCGAAAGCAGAGCAAUCUGUUUCAGUCACUAAGACGAUUACCAGCACUGCAGUUGUGAAGAAAUCUGAUGAAUCUAUUCAAAAGACUGAGCAAACGAGAAAACUUGAAGCUAAAAGUUCAUUGGUAAUUCCUACUUCAGAGGUAGACGGCACAACUUCAACAGCAAAUGAAGAUAGGAAGAACAUGGUUGUAGCUAUUCCUCAACCACCUCCUGUACUGCCUGCAGUAAAGGAGAUUAAACCCGCUUCAGUUUUGAAAAAUACUGAUGAAUCUUUUCAAAAGGCAAUUGAAAAGCAAAAGAAAAAAUUAGAAGAAAAAAGUAUGGAAGCUAAGGCUACUUCUCAGGUGUCUUCUACUAAAACUACUUCUGUCUUGAAGAGGAGCGAAGAGUCUUCUGUAACCACAGCAAAAGUUCAAGAUUCAGUGUCAAGUCAAAAACUUAUAAGCGACGCUUUACAUGACAGGUUCCAAGAAGCAGUGCCCGGAUAUCGAAAAGAUUAUAUAGGUUCUUCAACCUCUUCUCUGAAUACUGAAAGGCCUAAAUCGGAACUACCCGACAUAAAACCCGUUGUCGGCGAUCCACAUAUUAAGUUGGACGAAGAUGAAGACGACGAUGAGGAGACGAUUGCAGACUAUAUUCCAGAAGAUGAUGGAUGGAAAGAUGGAGUAACGAGAGUUAUACACAUACAAGAUAAAUACACUCACGUAUUAAUAAAGGUUAGAGUUGAGAAGGCUACGGCAAAAAAUAAUCCUAUGCUUAUCGAGUUCCUCUUCAAAGUUGCACAAUUUACUCUACAUCAAUUUAAGAAGAGAAAGAUUGAAAAGUUAAAUUUUACAGAAUCGGCUCUCAAUGCCCUCAAGGUAGAACCUGACAAUUUCCCCCUAAGUGAUCACUUUGAGCAAUUGGGCAAUAAAAUAAACAGUAAAGUUGCUAUUCGUGGGGCAGUUUGUCGAAGAUUUACUGGUCAGUCUCAUGUGGGAGGAGAGAUUGAUGGUACUAUAAAAUCAGAAUUAAAAUGUACUAUUGGAACAUCCGGAGUGCUUGUAGUUCUCCAUAAGACAAACAGACUCGCCCCAGCCGCAGAAUUUUGUCAGCAAAUUUGCGAACACAUCCUUAAAUUAAAGCCAAAGACGUUGGGAGUGCAAAAGUCGAUUUCCCGAAUAGAACCCGCUGGUUGCCUAUUAGCACAAAAAUUCUUAAGAGAUAAUACCAUAAACAUAGCCGAUGCAGCUAGAAGAUGUAUGGUUCAAAUAGCAGAAUUCGUAUUUUGGGCUUAAUUAUCAUAUUUAAUGUUUUUAUACUAAUCAAUACUUCAAAAUGUUGAAAAUUCAAGAACAUUGAUAAUCAAGUAUAAAAAGGAGGAAAAUUUUUGAAAUUGGUAAUAACUUAAAAAAUACUAAUCAGUCUUUUUUUCCGUACAAUUUAUAGCAAUGAUAACAGUUGUUAGAGUUUGAAUAUGCCUAUUUAUCUAAAUAUACAUCAU